UGCAGAUGGAUACAAACAGUUCUCUUGUUCACUGCCCUGGAAGGGAGGGUUGUGAAUGAGCUCUCUGUGCUUCCUUGAAGUGGGAGGAGAGAUGGAGACAGGGAGCCAGCUAGGGUGGCAGUGCAAGCUCACUCCCCGAACAUUUUCUCUCUGGGACCUGGUGGGAGUUUCCAGUCCUAGCUCCGCACCUGGGAGGAGAGAUCUCAGAGACAGCUAGCACACAUAGGAAGAAACCGUCUCCCCUGAGACUCCAGAAUCUCAAGCUAGCAGCAUGGCCCAGGCAUGGAGAGGAUGUCAUAGGGAAAGCAGUAGUGACUUCUAGAGUGGGACAAACUGCCUUGUAAGAGCUGGCACUGUUUGAGCUGCCCAGGGGGCAACUAUUCCAUGUCGGAGCAGCAUCCCAAAGCCAUUUCUGUGCAGUCUGAUCCGACUGUGCCCUGGAGAGGAGAGAAGCGGAAGAGGAAGGUUUGCAGAGAAGAACUUAAGCGAAGAAAAAGGUGACCAUGAUGCUGCACCAGAAGAAACACUGGAGGUCCAUGUGUAAGGGACUUGUCCUGGGAACCCUCCUGACCAGCUUCAUGCUGCUGCUAUACUCCUAUGCCAUUCCGCCUCUGCAAGUCAGCAUGACAGAGAUUCCUAUCCCCUAUUCCUGCUCUUCUUACCCCACCCAGGCCCGGGUGCCAGUCACAGCAAAUGGCACCCACAGUUCCCCAGGCCAGGCAUGCCAGCCAAAGUUUGAUGUCAUGUUCAUGAAGACACACAAGACAGCCAGCAGUACCAUCCUCAACAUCCUCUUCCGCUUUGGUGAGAAGCACCGCCUUAAAUUUGCAUUCCCCAAUGGCCGCAAUGACUUCUACUACCCAUCCUACUUUGAGCGGAGCCAAGUGCAAGACUACCACCCUGGCAUGUGCUUCAACAUCAUCUGCAACCAUAUGCGGUUCCACUACCAGGAGGUACGCAAGCUCUUGCCUGCUGACACCAUCUUCCUGACAGUGCUACGGGACCCUGCCUACCUCUUUGAGUCUUCCUUCCACUACUUUGGCCGUGUCAUCCCCCUCACCUGGAAGCUGUUGGGUGAAGACAAGCUAGCAGAAUUCCUCCGCGACCCCUGGCAUUACUAUGACCCCAAUGGGUUCAAUGCUCACUACCUCCUGAACCUGCUCUUCUUUGAUCUAGGCUAUGACAACAACAUGAAUGCCAACAGCCCUCUGGUGGACGAGUACAUCCAAGAGAUACACCAGCGCUUUCAUCUGGUCAUGCUGCUGGAGUACUUUGAUGAGUCUCUGGUGCUGCUGAAGGACCUUCUGUGCUGGGAGCUGGAGGACAUCCUCUACUUCAAGCUCAAUGCCCGCAAGGACUCCACUGUCUCCAAACUGACAAAUGAGCUCUAUGAGAAGGCCACCUCCUGGAACCUCAUUGAUGCAAAGCUUUAUCGCUAUUUCAACACCACUUUUUGGCACAAAGUAGAUGCCUAUGGACGGGAGCGGAUGGCAAAGGAUGUGGCUGAGCUGCAGCAAAAGAAUGAGAAGAUGAAGAGCAUAUGCAUUGAUGGGGGCCACCCAGUGGAUGCCAAUGCUAUCCAGGAGUCGUCCAUGCAACCAUGGCAACCACUGGGGGAGAAAUCAAUCCUGGGCUACAACUUGAAGAAGAAGAUCAACAAAAAGCAUCGAAAGCUGUGCCGCAAGAUGCUAACCCCGGAGAUCCAGUACUUGACUGACCUGGGUGUCAACCUUUGGCUUACCAAACUCUGGAGUCAUGUGCGGGAGUUCCUCAAGUGGUAGCAAGUGAAAGGCAGCCAUCCCCUUCCCCUGCCUCUACUGCCCCACCCCCAUUAAGGGAAGAACCAGGUGCUUUUGUUUUUGUUUCUUCUUUACAUCCAUUGGUUGGAUAUGGGACACAAUGCAUCACCGUGAGCAGACUGGCUUGAGACUCCAGCAGGGAUCAGCAAGCUAGAGACUGACUCCCAUCCUGAAGUUCUGGCUACCCUGGGAAAUAUGGUUAGAGACCCAUGUGGGUGGGAGUAAUAAAAGCAGCUGCCACUCUUCUACCUAGUACCCUACUACCAACUCUCUUGAUCUUUCCUUGGUCAACCAAUUCCACUGUCUCUUUCCAAGAGCAAGUUCAGGGCACAGGGACGGCAGAGAGAGAAGAUCUGGGCUGCAAUGUUGAGUCUAACUGUCUAAAUUUGCAUUAGCUGAGUGCAGGCCCUAAAAAAGAAAGAACAGAACACAGGACAUUGUAACAAGUUACAUGUUACUCAUCAUUUGUGGUUUUCUAUUCAAGGGAGCUUUUUCUUCUUUUUGAAAGAGUCGGAGGCAGUAUUUGUGACAGUUGGAUCCCUGUCUACCCUAAACAUGCAUUAAUAGUAAUAGAUUGGCCACAGAGCACACAGGAGACAAGCUGUCAGUCAUACAGGGGUUGCAAAUAUGUGUGCCUGACAGCUAUGGCUGUGUGUUUCAGCCUACUGAUGUGUGUAUGAUUCUCCAGAUAUGUGUUUUAUGCAUUCAAGCUUUACUCUGGCUACUAGAAUUGUUCGUGCAAUACAUUGCAAUGUGUAAAGGAAUUUCAUUGUGUGAAUGAGAGACUGAUACAGUACAUGGUGUACUCAGGGUGAGUGUGUG